AUGCUAGUAACCACCUGCCUUUCCAGGGACAUACCAGAAGACGUACUGAACACGUACUGCUGGAUCCACUCCACGUUCACCGUGGCUGGUGAAGCGGGCGCGUACCCGGGGGUGCGGGGCGCGGGGACGGCCACCAGACGAUACGGGAAGUACUAUCAGUGGGUCGCGUUCACACUGUUUUUGCAGAUUAGUCGUAGAGACAUAGUAAAAAGAGUUUUACUAUGGCAGAGAGAUAUAGAUAGGUUCCUGAAGAAGGUAUCACAUAGCAUUCCAUCCAUCCAUUCAGCCCGGAUAAGUCCACUGUUGGACGAAGGCCUCCCCCAUACUGUGCCACAGUUGCCGAUCUUUGGCUUUGCUUAA